CUUUCAUCAACCAAAUCACCACCAUACUUCACAAGACGUGUGAAUCCUACUACUUCCAAAACAAAUAUAAACGGCAACAAAAAAUACUUCCACCUAAACGAAGGCUCCUCUUCCCCUUCACCAUCACCGUCUAAAUCAAUAAAGUCAAAACAGGGGAACUUCCUCUCAAAAGAAACUCCCUUUUUCUUUGAUCUACUUCACUUUUUGUCAAUAAAAAACGUACAUAAACAGAAACAAAAACCCAAAGAAAAAGAAUCCCAAUUGUUUUAUCAAAGGACUUAGUCUUGUAUAUAUACACAAUCAAUCAACCUUCCUUCUUUGGUCCCCAUUGAAGAACAGACCAAACUCCUCUGUUCUAUUCUAUCUAUCAUCUUUUUUGAGUAUUUUCCCUUCAUCUGUUACCCUGGUUUUUCAAGCAUGGCUGAUCAUCAGCGAGUUCAUCCAGUGAUCCAUGACCCGGAAUCAUCGCCGCCGCCGAAAGCAUCGGCUCCCCUGUUUCCUCAGGAGGUUUCCCGGUCGGAGAAAGGUGACCCGGAGUCACAAACUUAUCCACCUAUCCACAGAACCAUUCCUUAUUCUUACUCCAAACCACCGAAGCGCAAGUGCUGCAAGAGGUGUUUUUGCUGGACGGUAUUCUUGAUCAUACUCCAGAUUAUUCUGGUGGCCAUCUUGGCAGCCAUCAUCUACUUUGCAUUCAAGCCAAAACUCCCAAAAUACUCUGUUGACAGCAUGAGAAUUACCCAGUUCAACGUCGGCAAUGAUAACAGCUUGUCCGCAACUUUCAACGUGAACAUCACCGCCAGAAAUCCCAACAAAAAGAUCGGAAUUUAUUACGAAGGCGGCAGCCACUUGAGCGUUUUUUACAACGGGAACAAGCUCUGUGAAGGGUCAUUGCCGAAAUUUUAUCAGGGUCAUCGGAAUACCACGGUGAUGCAGGUGAGUUUGACUGGUCAAACUCAGGAUGCUAGAGGGUUGAUCCAGUCCGUGCAAGCUCAGCAGCAACAAACCGGGAAGAUUCCGUUGAAUCUCAGGGCAAAAGUUCCGGUGAGGAUUAAGCUUGGUGGGUUGAAGUUGAUGAAGUGGAAAUUCUUGGUAAAGUGUAAGGUGAAUGUGGACAGCUUGAGGCAGGAUAACACCAUUAGUAUCAGUGAUAGUAGUUGUAAGUUCAGGUUCAGGUUUUAGUUUGAUUUUUGCUUCAUUUCAUGGAGAUGAUCAUUCAUAUUAUUAUUUUCAUUUUUUUCCUGGUGUUUUUUCGAUUUUAAUAUUGUUUCUUUUCAUGUAAAAGGUGGAGGAUUUAUAUAUAUUCUGGGUUAUUCCUCCCAUAUAUAUUAUUAUGAUCAAUAAAACUACGUGAUUCAUCUCUAUUUUAUUUGACUCAUUGAUUAUGUAUUGUAUGGUGAUUAACUUAGCAACUCAGCAGUUUUUUUGCCCAAAAAUGUUU